UAUGAUUACUUGCUCAAAAAGGUAAACCCCAAUUCCAAUGUAAAUCGAAUCCACGGCUAGUUCUUCUUCUUUAUUUUCUUAAUAAAUCCUGAUAUUUAAUAAAAUAAAUCGAAUCCAUCCUCAUAUUUAAGAAAGACCAAAAGUUAGGGUUUCUUUCUUUCUCUCUCCCCUAGCUUCUGCUCCUAAACUCCAUCCUCCGACGCCCACGCCUUGACGGAACCGCCUCCGCCGUCGCCCGCUCAGUCCGUUCCGCCGGCGAUCUCGCAUCAUCUGAAUUAUCCGGACUCCGUGGACUCCUCUCCGAUGUAUCACUAACACCGAUUCCUGGGACGAACACCUCGCUGCAGCCACCAACGCUGGCCGGCUCCGUCUUAUGUACAGCUACGGCGGCCAUAUAGUCCCUCGCCCCCACGACAAACUCUGUGCUAUGUGUGCGGUGAGACUCGGAUCGUUGUUGUGGACCACCAUACGUCUUUAUCUGACCUCACUGCCCGUUURUCGAAGACGCUUCUCAAUGGCCGUCCGUUAAUUGGAUUCUCUCAUUUCCGUUGCCACCGAUGAGGAUGAGUAUGAUCGGCCAAUUCUCAAGCGCUCGAAUAGUUCCGAGGACUGGUUUCUCGGUGAGGCUGCCACUGCCGUUCCUCCUGGCCGGCCCCAAACCCCUCCCAGUCCAGCUUUGGUUACAACUACAGCAUACAACCCCAUGAGAAAUGCCCCUAUAGCAAAAACUGAAAUGGGCGUCAAUGCAUACAAACAGACAACUACUGCUGCUCAGUCUUUAGUUCAGGUUCCCACAAGUCAGCAUCAGCAACAAUAUGUUGGCUACAACCAGGGUUACUCUCAUAUUCAGCAUCCAUCCCAGUCUGUUCCACCUACAUCUGCUACUGCAAAUUAUGCCUAUGAAUUUUCCGACCCUGCUCAUUCACAGAUGUACUAUACCCAGCCUAUAGCACCUUCUCAGUACCAAGCCAUGCCAGCAGCUGCUGUAAUGCUACCUGAAAAUUCUGCUCAGCUUCCCACUGAGAACGUCAAGCAGCAGAUGAGAACUUCACAACCAUUAUAGUCUGUCCAGAAAGAAGAAACAAUUUUGGAAUAAAGUAUUUGGUUUUGUUUACAAUUUUCUAUUUUAUUGUCUGUCUUGUUAUUGGUAUCUAUUGGUUUGUGCAUGUAUCUGAGAUAGAGAUAAUAAGUAAUUGUUGUUGUCUUCUGGUUCGUGUGUCAUAUUAUUUGUUAAUUGUCAUAGAAAAUGAAAAGGUGGUCUGGAGAUUAUAGUUAUACUGUAAAAGUUCUGAACUCAAACAUGGUGUGUUUGUGCAGUCAAUGUGUUAUAGAAUUAGCAAGAGUUUUUGCAUCAA